GGAAACAAAAAAUACAGUCAAUGUUUCGGUCCAAAAACAUUUGGCAAGACUGGAGACAAACAGACAAGGCGUAGAGUUAAAAGGUGGGGAUAAGGGAGAGACAAAACAAGGUGACAGGUGAGUGCCGAAAGGGAGGAAUGAAGUAAAGAGCUGGGAAGUUGAUUGGUGAAAGAGAGAUAAGGCCAUGGAAGAAAGAAAAGCGGGGAAGAGCACACAGGGGAGGUGAUUGGUGGGCAAGGCGAGAGAAGAAAAAAGGGAGGGGAUUUGGUGAGGGGGGCAUUACCAGACAUUCAAGAAUUUGACAUUCAUGCUAUCAGUUUGGAAGCUACCCAGACAGAAAAUGUUGUUCUUCCAAGCUAAGUGUGGCCUCAUCGCAUUGUAUGGUUUUAUUUAUGAAGCAAACUUGAUUUAAUCAAAGAGUUCAACUAUAAGAAUGAAUCUGGAAGAAUUUUAUCCAUUUACACUGCAUGAGAGAUUGGAAAAUACAGUUCGAGGUCCAACUCCCUCACAGUACCAGAGACUGACAGAUACAGAAUGAACCCCACACUCUCACACUGUACCAGAGAGUGACAGGUACAGAAUAAACCCCACACUCUCACACUGUACCAGAGAGUGACAGGUACAGAAUAAACCCCACACUCUCACACUGUACCAGAGACCGACAGAUACAGAAUGAACCCCACACUCUCACACGGUACCAAAGACUGACAGGUACAGAAUGAAUGCCACACUCUCACACUGUACCAGAGAGUGACAGAUACAGAAUGAACCCCACACUCUCACACUGUACCAGAUUCAGACGGGUAGAGACAAUCUGUUGUUUAACAAACCCGGACAACCCUCAUCACCACCUCAGUAGCACCACUUUGACCACUUUACACUGCAAUGGGCUCUUGUUGAAAUUCUGUUGCCUCUUUAUAAUUCUGUAGAGUAUGUUUUUAUUGUGUGAAUGUUGUGUCUCCGAUACUGUGUGUCUCUGAAUCUGCUGCAAGCCAGUUGCAUAUGACAAUAAUCGACUUUAACCCUCACUGAGAAAUGGGUCUCUCAUGCUGACAAUUGGACCUUCGAUCUCCUGCUGCCAUGUUUCAUUACAUAAAUGUUUCAUAUUAUCAAGUGUGUGUUUUUCUCAUUCCAUCUGCUUUUCUAGCAGACACCAUAGGUCGAAUGGUCGAAUACUGCGCCUGUACUUUAUGGCCCAUUUUGUAUUUUAGAUUUCGCUUCUGCCGAAUUAACCGGCAGCGGCAACUCAGCAGAUCAGCCCCAGUUCCCAGUCCACGGUGUUAUUCAAAACGAAAUGGGCAGAGGAGAGAGUUCUGAUUGGUUGUGCUUUUCCUUCAGAUAGCCAAUCAAAUGAUCUGACUGCAUGAAUCGUUUCUACAAAUAGCCAUUGGGAAUACAAAGCAUUGCCAUCCCUCAUUAGCAUACUGUUCUGGGUGCUGCCUAUUUAGUUUGGGCUCCCGGCCAGUUCUGCCUAUUUCUGUGUCUGAAACGGAAGGACGGAAUGCCUGAGCCAGGGAAAUCCGCUCCGAAGAAGGGCGCCAAGAAAGCUUUGCCCAAACCAGCCGGUAAGGCAGGGAAGAAACGUAAGAGGCUGAGGAAGGAGAGUUACUCCAUCUACAUCUACAAAGUGAUGAAGCAGGUUCACCCCGAUACUGGCAUCUCCUCCAAGGCCAUGAGCAUCAUGAACUCGUUCGUCAACGAUAUCUUCGAGCGAAUCGGGGGCGAGGCUUCCCGCUUAGCCCACUACAACAAGCGGUCAACCAUCACUUCCCGGGAGAUCCAGACCGCGGUGCGCCUGCUGCUGCCCGGGGAGCUGGCCAAACACGCCGUGUCCGAAGGGACAAAGGCGGUGACCAAGUACACCAGCUCCAAGUAAAGCUCCCCAGUGAGGUGAUCGAAAACACAACGGCUCUUUUAAGAGCCACUCACAAUUUCAAUGAGAGAGUUGUACUGGCAUUUAGACAAUAAGUUGCACAUAUUUUAUGUCUGGUGAUUUUUAAAAGACCUAAAGUACGGUGGGAAUAUCGUGUUCCUCUUCUCCGUAUAAUCCCGGUGCUUUACAUUCCUCCCACUGCACUGACACGGAAUUGUAACCUCCCCAUCCCCCAUCAGUCCGUCCCUGCCGGUAUCCGUGUCGAGUUGAGGAUUGCUGCCGUUGCUGUUUUAACUGUGGGUUCAGGAGUUUAUUAGUUUCAGUUGGGCAACUUCUCGGAAUCUCAUUUCAAUGCGAGGCCUGAAGGAGUUAAUGGUUCUUUCAUGGAACAACUUUUUAAAAUUGCAGACUAGAGGCUGGUCACAGUUUGAGGAGCCGUUUGUCCAUAACUUGAUAACAUUUACACAGUGACCGACCGCGGACAGAAGCUGAGGGCCGGUUUUAUUCGGUUCUGUUACGGGUUGAAAGAAAUUGGAGAAUUGAGUUCCCAGACAUUUCAAUAUCAAUCACACUUGCAUUAAAUGCGCUCGGAUUGAGGAACAGGGAAAAGCGAACACUCAGUCGUCAAACAGAUCUGCAAUUAUUUGAUUUCUGAUUAAAAGUAAACAAUAGAUUUAUUUUUUGGCAGAUUUUUUCGAAAUUUCAGUGCACAUUGGGGAGCAGACGGUUAUUUUCCGUGUUUCUACCUUUACGGACUGCUGAUUGGUGAUUAUGGCAGUUCUUCGAUUGGGACGUUUCUCUUCACCAAUGAGAAUAAGCAGAAUCACACCAAUCACAAACAUCAGUUUGCAUUCUCAAAGAUGGUAUAAAAAGGGCGAGUUGGGGCGGGCCGAACACUCCAUUCUGGGUUGAACAGUUGCUGUGACUGUGGAAAUGUCUGGACGUGGAAAAGGCGGCGCUGUCAAAGCUCGGUCCAAGGCCAAAUCUCGCUCUUCUCGGGCUGGACUGUAGUUCCCGGUCGGCCGGGUUCACAGAUUCCUGUGAAAGGGCUACUAUGCUGAGCGGAUGGGUGCCAGAGCCCCGGUCUACC